AAAUCGAGAGGACCAAAAGAAACAAUUUUUUGUUUUGUUGCAAAAGCUGAAUUCUCCUUUCAUAUCUUUGGGAUCGGUUUCAUUACAUUGGUGGUGUGUCUAUAUGGACCGACCAGCUGACGGAAGCAAGUUUGGGGAGGGAGGUGAAAUUGUAGAUGCAGAUUUCUUGGUGGGUCUUCUCGAGACCUUCAGAUUUGGCAAAUACAAUCUUCCCGCCAUAAAAAAUGUAUUAAAUGCGCCGGCAAAGGUUACAUCGGCGACGGAGCAGCAGGACAAGACCACCGAGAAGCAGGAUGAAGAGGGAUCUCAAGGUCUCGUAGGGAACACGUCUGUUCACGAAAGCAUAGGAUCGGUGUCUUCCAGUUCAGAUCCAAUAAUAAUGGAUACUAUGAGCGAAACCGGUUCACAUAAUGAACCUGUUUCAAACGAAGAAUCCGGUUAUAAUUGGUUAGAGUCGAACCCCACAAACUUGCCUAAUGUAGAGAAUGAAAGGCACCACAACGCAGAAGAAGGUGAGAUAGUAGUAGAAGAAGAAAUAUACAAAGAAGAAGAAGAAGACAAAGAAGACGAAGAAGAAGACGAAAAUAAAAACAGCGAGAGAACAUCAUCUGAGUCAGAAGAAAAAUCAAACCUAGAGACAUUGCUUGCGAUACAAGAAAAGUACGAGCUUUAUUGUCCAAGCUGUAGCUCUUGUAUCACCAGAAAAGUGAUUCUUAGGAAAAAGGAACAUGUGAAGCUCGUUGAUUUGUAUGCGGAUCUGAAACCUUAUGAAUCAACCGACAUUGAGGAGAUUGAACCACCGGUUAAGCUGCAUGUCCCGGAGACUCUUAUUGAGAAUGGUGAUCAAGAAGACAAAAAGGAGGGUUAUAUCUUCACUUGCUUAGCCUGUCUAAAGUACUACAUCCGAAAAGGAGCCAGGUUCUUACAAAGAGAUUAUGCCAGGGGAUUACCUGUUGAGGAGUCAGUUGAAGUACAUUUAGAGCCUAGGAAGAGUAGUAACACCACUGAAACACCGCCUCAAAAUAAACUCGACCGUGAAAGAUUCACCGUUGAGCUACUGAAGAGCACCGUGUACGGUGGUCUAACCGAGACCAUCACCAGCCUCGUCGUUGUAUCUUCUGCCUCUGCCUCCGGAUCCUCCACCGAGAAUAUUUUGGCUCUUGCAGUCGCAAAUUUGGCCGGUGGUCUCAUCGUCCUUGCUCAAAACCUUCGUGAUCUAAGAAACAAUUCAGAUCAAGAGAAUGAUCGGUACAAUGAGCUGUUAGGGAGACGUGACAAUAUCCGGUUGCAUGUACUAGUAGCGGUCCUGUCUUACAUUUUCUUCGGCCUAAUUGCUCCAUUGGUUUACGCAUUUUCCUUCUACCAAACCGGAAUCAAGAACUACAAGCUCGUCUCGGUUUUCUCGGUUUCUCUGGUUUGCGCAAUCAUGCUCGGUAUGAUCAAGGUCUACGUCCGUAAACCGGUCAAUGUACGUGCAUCGCCCAAGCCUUAUCUCAAAUCGGCUGCUUAUUAUACGUCUAUUGUUGUUGUCUCUUCUGGAGUGUCACACAUUGUUGGAGAAAUUGUGGGAGAGUAUAUUCGAAAGCUCGGUUUGUUUAGUUUAUACCAGACCGGUUUGACUUCAACAUUUGAUGGUGUUAAACCAGAUGAAUACCGGUUUACUUCCUUCUAACGUAGCCAAAGGAGUAAGGGAGAGAGCUAUAUCCAAAGGAGUAAGAAUUAAACCAGCGUUGUAUAUUUGUGUUCAACUAAAUAUACUUUUUUCUUUCUUUCUUUUGGUAUAUGCAAAGUGGAGUUUUGUAAAAGGUCUUUCGUCUUUGAGGUUUUUAUUUGAUAAUGGAGUAUCUUUUUGAGUUUA